GGAGACAGAAAAUGUGACUACAAGACACGGGGAUCACAUCACUUCACUAUGUCGAUAAGCACAGAACAGGAGGCCCUGAUUGGCUGGGCGUUUGAAACCUAUGUGAAAGAGCAUCAUCAUGAUGACAUUAACCAGGUCAUUGCAGAUCCUAUGGACACGACCCAUCAACCUGUUGUUGUUAAUGCAAUGACAUUGUUCGAAGCCAAUAUGGAGGUAGGGGACUAUUUCAAUGCCUUUCCUGAAAAUGUCCUGGCUAUAUUUGAUAAAGUGUUACAUAAAAUAGCCAUGGAGUUAUCUGAGAAUGCCUCUCCCACGCACCGUGGAGGACAAAGAACAAAGGAGCUCAGAAUGAAACUCACUCUUCAUGCCCGCAUCACAGGCCUACCAGUGUGUCCAGAGCUCAUCAGAGACACUAUUCCACGAUCCAGAGAUGUAGGGCACUUCCUAUCUGUCACUGUUACUGUAAUACGCACCAGUGUCGCCAAGGUCCUGGAAUACAAGCGUGAUUACAUUUGCGCAAAGUGUCGCCAUGUUUUCGACGUGAUGGCUGACUUUGACCAGUUCUACACCUUUGUCCCACCGGUGGCCUGCCCUAAUCCUGAUGGCUGUAACUCAUACAAGUUUAGCAGUCUGUCUGAAGGAUCUGAGCCUGCUCUGUGCAGGGACUACCAGGAGAUCAAGAUACAAGAGCAAGUACAGAGGCUGUCAGUGGGCAGUAUUCCUCGUUCUAUGGUGGUGGUUCUGGAGGAUGACCUGGUCGACCGUUGUAAAUCUGGAGAUGAUGUGACCGUUUACGGGGUGAUGUGCCAACGUUGGAAACCCUUGUACGAUGGCAGUCGCUGCGAUGUGGAGCUGGUCCUCAAAGCUAACAACAUAGAAGUCAACAAUCAGCACGCUGGUUCCGCUCUGCUCAUGGAGGAAGUUGAGAAAGAAUUUGAAGACUUCUGGGAUAGCUACAAACAUAAUCCCAUGGCUGGUAGGAACCAGAUCUUGUCUAGCCUGUGCCCACAGGUGUUUGGCAUGUAUGUCAUUAAACUGGCGGUGGCCAUGGUGUUGGCUGGUGGAGUGCAGAGAAUAGAUCCUUCUGGGACCAAGAUCAGGGGUGAAUGUCACAUGUUGCUCGUUGGUGACCCCGGCACAGGGAAGUCUCAGUUCUUGAAGUAUGCAGCUAAAAUCAUGCCUCGCUCUGUACUCACAGCUGGAAUUGGAUCAACAAGUGCAGGACUGACAGUAGCAGCAGUCAAGGAUGGAGGGGAGUGGCAUCUGGAGGCCGGAGCCCUGGUCCUGUCAGAUGGUGGUUUGUGCUGCAUUGAUGAAUUCAACAGCAUCAAGGAGCAUGACCGCAUCAGCAUCCAUGAGGCUAUGGAGCAACAGUCUAUUAGUGUGGCCAAAGCUGGCAUAGUGUGUAAGCUGAACACUCGAACCACCAUCCUGGCAGCAACCAACCCCAAAGGCCAGUACGAUCCCAAUGAGCCACUGUCUGUGAACGUGGCUCUGGCCAGCCCUUUGCUGAGUCGUUUUGACCUGGUUCUGGUUCUGCUGGACACCAGAAACGCAGAGUGGGAUCGCAUCAUCUCCUCUUUUAUUCUGGAGGACAGAGGGCUGCCUGCUGAAACCUCAGGUUUGUGGUCCAUGGAGAAAAUGAAGGCUUAUUUCUGCGCAAUCAAACGCUUGCAGCCGCAGGUGUCUGAGGAGGCCAACCGCAUCUUGUCACAGUACUACCAGCUACAGAGACAGAGUGACAGCCGCAGUGCUGCCCGCACCACAAUCCGCAUGCUGGAGAGUCUCAGCAGACUGGCUGAAGCCCAUGCCAGGCUCAUGUACAGAGAGACAGUCACCAUAGAAGAUGCUGUCAUAGCUGUGUCUGUCAUGGAGUGCUCCAUGCAGGGUGGUGGCUUGAUGGGAAAUGUAAAUGCAAUACUCACCUCAUUCCCCGCUGACCCGAGUCAGCAGUAUCAAACUCAAUGUCAGAUACUGCUGGAAGGACUGAACCUGCCACUGCUGCUUCAGAAGGAGAUGGGCAGACUGUCCAGGCUAAAGAGCACCUCACAGUCUGACCAUCCAACUAGUAAUCACCAGCAUCAACUCAUGGACACAAACUCCAUCAACAAAAUACAAAGUCACAAUAUGACCAGUAAUCACCAAGGAGAUAUCUCUGUGGACAGUGGCUUAGAUUGGUUCAACUCAAUCAUUCCAUCCCGGUCACUAGAUGUAACCUCACCAAUAAUUACAUCAACUCAAGAAAACUUCCAUAGAAAACCAAACUCCAGUUGGUCAGAAAUGUCUUCAGUAAGCAAACAGCCAAACUGUCAAGCUGGUAAGGAGGUUCUAAGAAACACUGGAUCAUCAUUAGUCACUGAUGUUGUUUCAAAUCCUGAUGGUACAGUCACACCUGCUUCAGAGGACGACAGAACAAGUGAGAGGAAUCAAAAUGUUAAAGGAAGGAACUCUUUAACCCCAGAGGACAUGAAGCAAUCUGGGAGACAAGAAAACAGAAAACACCCAGAAUCAUCAGACUGUGUUAUUCAGAAAGCUUCUAAGAAUCUGAGAGACAGAAGGCUCGGGGAGCUGGAGCGGACACAUCAGAAAUGUGACAAAGAAGAAGGAGGGGGGCACUGCGGGAGGGUGGUCCACUCCAAGACCACACUGGCAUCAGGUAAAAAAUGUCCCUCAAAUAACCAAGUACAAGAUAAUCUAUCACCUGUCAAAGAAAGUAGAUCUGAGGCUGAGAACAGAAGGAAGUCCACUGGGACUACGAACAUUAGUACUUUGAAAAGGAAAAAGAUGGAAGCUGAAGUUGAAACAGGUAAAGACUUGCAUGCUAGGUUGUCAGGCUUUAUAUUCAAACCAAAGAAGAUGGGGCCUUUAGUCCACAACCAGGGCCUUAAUUCCAGCUCAGACAUGAGUGGAGAGUUCCAAACUGAACCCAACCCAGGCAACAGAGAUCUCCAAACAAACAAACACAACAAAGAAAGCAGCGUAAGUCAUAGGAAGGAAGUUAGUCAUGAGUCAGGCAGCACACUUAAGGACACAGACAAGGACAGAGGAAAGAAAAAUCAGAACCAGUGCCAGAAUCAUUUGGAAGGUGGAGGCGUGAGAAAACAGGUGAGCUGUGUAAGUGAGGUGGUAGAGAGCCUCUCUAAGUCUGCCGUGGCCUCCUCAACCCUGGAUAAACUUUCUGCAUUUUCUUUCACCUGUACAACUGAACCCAAGACCACAGAUCAAACAAAGGUGGAUAUAAAUUCUACCAUUGGAAUGGAAAUAAGUCCAUUUAAAAGAAACCGCACUGAAUGUUUGAGAGCCAAUUCUCAAGACAAGAACACUCUAAAUUCCUCUGAAUGCAGUCCUUUAAGAAAGAAGAUCAGGACUGUAGUCACAAUGAGCAAAGUACAGGACAUAUCACCACCUCCAGCCACAGAGGUCACACCAGGACCAGAGACAGAGUCAUCAACCAAAACAAAGUCCAAGUGCAAUACCAAGGAGACAGAGCCUACUCAUGCUGCAAACCAUAACAGUGUACAAAUGGUGACUGACAAUAUGAAUAAGAGGAAGUGUUUUGAGCUGGGCCCUCGACCAAAUAAUGUUGGUGGUUCCGGGGGUCUGUUCUCUAAACUGUCUCUGUUUGGCUCUGGUGAGUUGAAUGAUGAUGAUGUUCUUGACACUGACUGGGACCAAGAGGUUUCAAAGAAAGCCAAAGUCUGA